UUUGCUGUCAGUUUGUCAUACCCGGCUGCCAGAGCAGUGGAAAAAUUGGGGAAAGUGUUGGAACGCGUUGAAGAAAAGUUCAAUAGUUAAUUUCAUAAAAAGUAAAUAUUCGAAAUAAAAUUAUUGUGCACAAAUUAAAAUAAAAUUUUGCAAGGAGUAUUCAGUGCGAAAUCGAAAAUUUUAAUUUCAGUAGUAACACGCAGCCGCCGCCAGUUGACAAUAAAUUUUAUCUAAUAUCAUCAUUAUAUGGAAUAAUUUUUUGAACAGAAAAUUGCUUAAAACACGCAUUGUCACUUACAAAUUGAGAUAUAGCAAAAAUAAAAGGGUUCAACAGACAAACAAACAACAAAUAUAAUAACUACUUCGAACGUUCCAAAGAGUCACCCAGUCAAUAAAAAUUAAUAUAAUAAUAAAUGAUAAAUAUGGAUAUAAGCGUAACACCGAAUUAUUCAUACAUUUUCGAUUUCGAAAAUGAUUUUAUCCACCAACGCACACGCAAAUGGAUGGUCGAGAAUUGGACUUGGGUGUUUUACUAUUGUGGCAUUUAUAUGUUGGUGAUAUUUGGCGGGCAGCACUUUAUGCAAAAUCGUCCCAGAUUCCAACUGCGCGGCCCAUUAAUUAUCUGGAAUACAAUGCUGGCCAUGUUCAGUAUUAUGGGCGCUUUCAGAACGGCACCAGAGCUCUUGCAUGUGCUACGUCAUUAUGGAAUUUUCCAUUCCGUUUGCGUUCCUAGCUACAUCGAGCAAGAUCGCGUAUGCGGUUUCUGGACCUGGUUAUUUGUCCUCUCCAAACUGCCUGAGCUGGGUGAUACAAUUUUCAUUGUAUUGCGAAAACAGCCACUUAUUUUCCUGCACUGGUACCAUCACAUCACCGUACUCAUCUACUCCUGGUUCUCGUACACAGAGUACACUUCAUCGGCGCGUUGGUUCAUCGUAAUGAAUUACUGCGUACACUCGGUGAUGUACUCAUAUUAUGCGCUAAAGGCCGCGCGUUUCAAUCCACCUCGUUUUAUUGCUAUGAUCAUCACUUCGCUACAACUGACACAGAUGAUUGUCGGCUGUGCUAUUAAUGUGUGGGCCAACGGUUUUCUCAAGACACACGGCCGUCAAUCGUGCAACAUUUCUCAAACGAACAUCAACCUCUCGAUAGCGAUGUACUUCAGCUACUUUGUGCUGUUUGCACGCUUCUUCUACAAGACAUACUUGUCGCCAGCUGGCAAAAAGAGUCGCCGCAUGGCAGCAUCGCUGGCAGCACAAAAUACCGCCAAAUUGUCAUCAUCCACCACUACCUUGUCAACGCCACUGCUGUCCGAGAACGGCAACAGUGCAACGAACGGUGGUGCCAUCAACGGUGCAGCGUUACUGCGGAAGCCAAAAGUGCAGUAAGCAGCGGCAACGGUGAUAGAAAAUGUUAUAUUGUAUUUUUGGUGGGGCGUUUCAGCGGGUGCCGUAAGAUUAGUCAGAGAUUGAAAUGUAGUGUUUUUUUUUUGUUUAAUUCGAGCAAAGUAUAAGUCAAAAGUUAGUAGUCAAGUAGUCAGUUUGAUGAAGAUUGGGUCAAAACGUAAACGUAGUUGUAAUGGAUGAAGAGACGAUGGAGGAAACGGAGCGCAAUGCUUUAAACAAAAUAGCCUGGAAACUAAUUGAGUUUGUUGUAUACAUUAAAGUAUAAAAACAAAUUUGUAAUGAAUGGUUUUUGAGCAUUUUUAAUCUUAAAUAUGUAUUUGUAAUGAGUGAAUACAAAGGAAAAACAAAAAACAUUUAAAAAAACAUGAAAUUGUAAUUUGCACAGUUUCUCGAAACAUUUUCCUCAAGUCGUAUUAGGUAUUUUAUAAAUAUAUGUAUGUACUUUAUAUAUGUACUUUAAAAAAAAAAUAUAUAGAAGUUUUUCAUGGAAAAUGUUCAAUGAGUCAAUGCAAAUGUUUAAAAGUGCUUACAGUUAUCUAUUUGUUUGGAACAAAAGUGAAAAAAAAAUCUCAUACAAAAAUAUUUAACGUCUGCAAAUUUCAAUUUACAAUUCAAGCAAUAGUGUUAAUCUGAAAAACAGAGGAAAUUUGCUUACAUUCGCAAUCACAAUCGAGCACAAAUACCUACAUGCGCUGAUUUAUUAAUGUAUGCUCCCACUUUCCCCGUCUCUGUCUCUCUCUCUCGCUCACUCUGAGCACAUUUGGUUUAGUUAUUAUUAAUAACUUAUUAAUUAGCAAGACAAUUAAAAAAUAAACAAGCGUUGAGGUUCUAAAACUCUAGACUUUUCAACAAAAUACCAUUGACCCCUGAGCACAAAGGCAUAGAUAUUCAUAAGAACCUACAACAACGUACAUUCAUGCAUACACUCGGUAUGUAUGUGAAUGUAUUCUUUAAGGAACAAAGUCAAUUGGCACUGACGCACCGAAGGUUUGCGAAAGUAUGUAAUUUUCUGCUAAACGCUCGCUGAUUUCAGCUAAUAUUUACUUAAAUAUAUAAUUUCUUUGGUAUAAGUUCAGCGAAAUUGUUGGAAAAAUUACGUAUCAUACAUACAUACGUAUGUAUUAGUAGUGGUGCGUCAGUGGAGUUUCGGUUAAAAUCGUUUACAAUAUUUGCAUUUCUUUUUUUAUUUUUAAA